AACGCAACAUGUAAACAAACGUUGACCAGACAAUUUCCCUCAGCGAAGGAGCGGAAGGAAGGCCCAGGUGACAUCAAAAGUCUAAUAAAAAAGAACAAAAGACAAGAAGAAAGUAAGAGAGCUUAGAUUCGUCCUUUUUCCCCCACUCUCUUGCAAUCCAGAGAAGCAAGAUGUCGAAGACCAGGACUCAGGAGCUGAUGAAACUGGACUUCUAUGAAAUUUUAGAAGUGCCUCUUGAGGCCGAGGAAAAAGAGAUCAAAAAGUCGUACAGGAAGAAAGCCCUGAAAUGCCAUCCUGACAAAAAUCCAGAUAAUAAGUCAGCUGCGGAAGAAUUUGACCAGCUGAAGAAGAUCUUGGAAAUAUUGUUAGACCCUGGUGCUCGUGCGGCUUAUGACAAGGUACUAAAAGGCCGAAAAGCAGCUGCGGUGAGAGCACGGGCAGCUAGUGCAAAAACCCAAAAGCUACGAUCUGAACUUGAGGAGCGAGAGAGGCGAGCACAAGAACAGCCACGGAUAUCAGAGGAAGAAAAACUUCGGCGAGAAUUAAAGAGACUAGAGGAGGAAGGGGAGAAAAUUAUUCAAGAGGAGCUGGAAAGACUUAACACAGAAGUGGAACGGGAACUAAACAAACCUGCAUCCAAGUCAACUGCAGAGCCCGAGCAAAAUGGUUACAAAGUCAAGGUGAAAUGGUUAGCCACGGACGAUUGGCCAGGCUACACCGAGCAAGAAAUUCAUCAGCUCUUUUAUAAGUGGGGAGAAAUCAAUGCAAUGGUGAUGAAGCAGAAGUCGAAGAAAGGAACAGCAAUGAUAGACUACAAGACCAAGCAAGGAGCGGAUAUGGCAGUCCAAUUUGAGAAAGGCCAGAUUGGAAAACCAGUCGAAGUUUCACACGUCUCCGAAAAAGGCUUCGAUUUCGAGUCUGUGGCCGACAUGAAUCGAAGGCGAGAAGAGGAGAGAAAAAGGCUGAUUGAGGAAAUUUUGAGAAGUGAAAAUAUGUGAAGUUGCCUUUCUCGUCCCCUUCUUUUUUAAUGGAUGAAAGGUGCAAGAUUUGAAGAGUGAUAGUUUUAAGAGGAAUGUUUCUUUUUAAAUAAAACCUAUUUUUGGA